AUGUCGACAUGCAACGUCUCUGACCCUUUAUAUCAAUAUGGGGGCCAAAAGGUUCAGUCUCAUGCCAGUUACAACGCCGAGUCUGUUCAACCGCUGGCAUUAAGAGUGUGUAUGCGAUAUGUCACUGCUGCCGUGUUUCUGGAAGAUCAUGUCAACAUUUAG